CGGACCAAUUAGAAAGUAGCGGCUUGAGAGCGGGAGGAGAGCGCCGGAGAAGAGGCCCCCAAGAUGGACAUCGAGGGGUUCGGAGAGCUGCUGCAGCAAGCAGAGCAGUUGGCUGCGGAGACAGAGGGAGUAACAGAGUUGCCUCAUGUGGAAAGAAAUCUUCAGGAGAUCCAGCAGGCUGGAGAGAGGCUGCGCUCUAGGACCAUGACCCGCACCUCUCAAGAGUCAGCCAAUGUUAAAGCGUCUGUGUUGCUGGGCUCCAAAGGAUUGGACAUAUCUCACAUAUCUCAGAGACUGGAGAGUCUGAGCGCAGCCACAACGUUUGAACCUCUUGAGCCGGUAAAGGACACUGAUAUACAGGGUUUUUUGAAAAAUGAGAAGGAUAAUGCUCUGCUGUCUGCUAUUGAUGAGUCAAGAAGAAGGACAUUUGCUAUGGCAGAAGAAUACCAUAGGGAGUCGAUGCUUGUUGAGUGGGAACAAGUAAAGCAGCGAAUCCUCCACACUUUACUUGCCUCUGGGGAAGAUGAUUUGGGCUUCUCGCAGGAGGCAGAGACAAGUUACAUCAGUGAUCUUGGAGCUCCGGGCCGCAGCUCUCUUGAUAAUGUGGAAAUGGCAUAUGCUCGACAGAUAUAUGUGUACAACGAGAAGGUUGUGAGUGGAAACCUCAAGCCAAACCUGGUGGACCUGUGCGCUGCUGUUGCUGAGAAAUUGGACGAUAAGAAUGUAUCUGAUGUGUGGGCGAUGGUGAAACAGAUGACUGAUGUUCUGCUAGUUCCAGCUUCUGAUACAAUGAAAAGUCGCUGCUCAGUUCAGAUGCAAAUGGCUUUUGUUAGACAAGCUUUAAGGUUCCUGGAAGAGAGUUAUAAAACCUACACAAUGACAAGUGUAUACGCCAACCUGCAACAAGCACAGCUAGGAGGUGUUCCUGGGACUUAUCACAUAGUACGGAGCUUCCUGAAUAUCAGGCUUCCUGCGCCCAUUCCUGGACUACAGGAUGGUGAACUGGAAGGUUACCCAGUUUGGGCCCUGAUCUACUACUGCUUGCGCUGUGGUGAUAUCUUGGCAGCACAGCAGGUGGUGAACAGAGUACAGCAUCAGUUGGGGGAAUUCAAGAACUGGUUUCAAGAAUAUGUUCACAGCGAUGACCGCAGGUUAUGUCCAGCGACAGAAAACAAACUGCGUCUACAUUACAGAAGAGCCGUAAGGUCAAGCACUGAUCCCUACAAGAGAGCGGUCUACUGUAUUAUUGGUCGCUGUGAUGUUGCCGAUAAUCAUAAUGAGGUGGCAGAUAAAACUGAGGACUAUCUGUGGUUAAAGUUGAGUCAGAUUUGCUUUGAUGACGACACUAGCAGUUCUCCUCAAGACAGACUGACCCUGCCACAGUUCCAGAAGCAGCUUCUUGAAGACUAUGGGGAAUCACACUUCGCUGCCAAUCAACAUCCUUUCCUGUAUUUUCAAGUCCUACUCCUUACUGCUCAAUUUGAAGCUGCUAUUGCCCACUUGUUUCGUACAGAACGCACACGCUGCCAUGCUGUGCAUGUGGCACUUGCUCUUUUUGAAUUGAAAUUGCUUUUGAAAUCAUCAUCACAGAGUGCACAACUGUUGAGCCAAGAAGGAGGAGACCCUAUUGGUGUCAGACGUCUCAACUUUGUCCGUCUCCUUAUGCUUUACACACGGAAGUUUGAACCUACAGACCCCCGAGAAGCUUUGCAGUAUUUUUACUUCCUCAGAAAUGAGAAGGACAGCCAGGAUAAGAAUAUGUUUCUGCGGUGCGUCAGUGAACUAGUGAUUGAAAGUCGAGAGUUUGAUAUGCUCCUCGGAAAAUUGGAGAAAGAUGGUACCAGAAAGCCUGGAGCAAUUGAUAAAUUUUCAAGGGACACAAAUCCUAUCAUCAGCGAGGUGGCAUCUGUAGCAGAACAGAAGGGGCUGUUUGAGGAAGCUGCUAAGCUCUACGACUUGGCAAAGAACCCGGACAAGGUUUUGGAGUUGACCAAUAAGUUGUUGAGUCCCGUUAUUUCUCAAAUCAGCUCUCCGCAGUCUAACAAGGAGCGACUGAAACAUAUGGCACUGUCUAUUGCUGAAAGAUACAGAUCACAAGGUGUAACCGCAGAAAAAUCCGUAAACUCCACAUUUUAUCUGCUGCUGGAUCUGAUGACUUUCUUUGAUAACUAUCAUGCUGGCCAUGUGGAUGUAGCGUUUGAUAUUGUUGACAGGUUGAAGAUUGUACCUCUCAGCCAGGACACAGUGGAGGAGAGAGUUGCUGCAUUCAGAAACUUUAAUGAUGAGAUCAGGCAUAAUUUGUCAGAAGUUCUUCUUGCUACGAUGAACAUUUUAUACAUCAAAUACAAGAGGCUGAAGAGCAGUGGCCCCUCUACUCUGGGGAAACCGCAACGGGGUCUAGAGGAUAAGGACUCGGUGCUACGCAGUCAAGCCAGAGCCCUUAUCACUUUUGCUGGAAUGAUCCCUUUCAGAAUGUCUGGAGACACAAAUGCACGACUUGUACAGAUGGAAGUCUUAAUGAACUGAUGCAGAUACUUGCUGAAAUGUUGUACCAGCACUAUGUUCAGUAUUUUUGUUGUAAUAUCCAAAAUACAACUUAUUUUGUUUUCAA